UAUUGAGCAUAUUCCGCUAGAUAUGGUUCCACGCGCGGCAGAAUCACGCGGUGAUGACACGCCCACGGAAACGUCAUGAGCCGGUGAAAGUUCUGAUGGCACCCCAUUCAUCGCUAACGCCGAGGCUGCUAAAGCUAAUACGACAGUACGUUACCUAUUCUAAGUGAUAACCGGUAACCGGUAACCUGCUUUCCUGUGUGGCAGGAUAUUCCUUGAAAGGAUACAUUGAUCUUUGCGCCACAUCGUAGCCCUACAUUCUGUGCAGUACUAUCACUAUGGCUAUAAUCUAGACCCGCUGUUAUGGCAAUGAAUCAUUCUCUUGCUUCUUCUUCUUCUUCUUCUUCUCCUUCUUCUCCAACCUUGUCAUCUUCGUCCUCUUCCUGGUUCUCCGGAUUCGUUCGAGGCGGUAGGUCCUCCAGUUUGAAAAUGUCCAGUAACUCCGCCAUCGCCGCCUCCCCUGACAUGACUGGCCCCGUCAUCCGCAAAAAUCAGUUCCGAGGGGUUCUCUUCAAGUACGGUCCCAAUCCUAUUCAGGUUGCAUUCAAGACUGGUGAUUUUAAACGACAAGUCAUUUUUAUUGGUGGAUUAACCGAUGGUUUUCUUGCUACUUCAUACUUGGAACCUCUGGCAAUUGCUUUGGACCGUGAGAAUUGGUCACUAGUUCAAUUUCUCAUGUCAUCUUCUUAUAGUGGAUAUGGCACCUCCAGCUUGCAACAAGAUGCUAAGGAUCUGGAUCAGCUGAUUAAUUAUUUAAUUAACAAAGAAGAUUCUGAAGGUGUGGCAUUACUUGGGCAUAGUACUGGCUGUCAGGAUAUUGUGCAUUACAUGCGCACAAAUUUUGCUUGCUCCCGGGCUGUUCGUGCUGCCAUCUUUCAGGCUCCUGUCAGUGAUAGGGAAUAUCAAGCUACACUCCCUCAGACAGCUUCUAUGAUUGACUUGGCUGCAAAAAUGAUAAGUGAAGGCCGAGGUUCAGAGUUAAUGCCAAGGGAAGCAGAUCCUGCUGCCCCAAUAACUGCCUAUAGGUAUCAUUCCCUGUGCUCAUAUAAUGGCGAUGAUGACUUGUUCAGUUCUGACCUGAGUGAUGAUCAAUUGAGGAUGAGACUUGGGCACAUGUCUAACACGCAUUGCCAGGUUAUAUUUUCUAUGGCAGAUGAAUAUGUGCCAGAUUAUGUUGAUAAGAAAGCACUGGUUGAGCGAUUAUGCAGAGCGAUGGGAGGUGCAGAGAAAGUAGAGAUCGAAUAUGGAAACCACUCCCUCUCUAACAGAGUCGAAGAAGCUGUCCAUGCUAUUAUUGACUUCUUAAAAAGAGAGGGACCCAAGGGCUGGGACGAUCCAUGGAAUUAACGUGGGUGUCUUUGUCAAUUUUGACUACCGUCUUUCGUUGUUAUUGUAGUUUUGGUUCCUUUAAUCUUGUUAAUCUUUCAUUUUUCUCCCAUAUAUCUGUUUUUUUUAUGGGGGGUGGGGGUGUUUAAUCUGUCGGGGUUGUUAUUUGCAGCCUUAUUUUUUGUUAAUAUAA